AUGGAAGUACUGAAAGAAAAUGUACACAAAUACAACAACCCUUUUUACUUACGAGCAUUUAACGUUCAAUCUUCGGAUGAACUCGGUGAAAAUAAAAGGUUAAAUUUCAAGAAAACAUAUAGAAAUGAAACAUUGUUUAAAGUUCAUUCAGAACCUAACCAAGAUGGAAACAAACCUACUUUUGUUUCUGCAGACGAUGGAACUACAAUGAGAUGGGGUCAUAAAGCUAACCCGGAUAGGUGGUUCAUAAACUUACAACCACAAUUCCAAGAAGUUGUAGACGCAAUGGAAGUCAAUGGUGAACCAGAUAUAGCUGGUAUUUUAAGCGCGGCUUUAAUGCCAUUGAAAGAUAUGAAACAUGCAGAUAUUUUGGACCAGUAUGAAAUGAACAUGGCUGAUGGAAAUAUAACACCUGACGUUCUAGAACAUUUAUCUCAAAGAACUACACAGAACCAUAGAGAUGGUAUAUUUGGUGAAGAGUUUAGAAAGAAAGUUAGGGAGAGCGAAGGAAGAGAACCUAUUGUACAUGACCUUGCAAAUGAAAGUUUGCAAAAUGUCAUAAAAACUUACUUUGCAGACGAUGAACUGAGAAGGGAUGAAUAUUUAAGAAAACUCAAAUGGACAGUACCAAAUGAAAUGUUAGUAUUGAAAAACAUGUUCCUUGACAAAAUAAAACCAACUACAGAAAUAAACGACGCAAGACUGAAAGAUUGGGUAAAAGCUUUCCCAUUCACAAAAGAUAUAGUUGGUAACAUGGAAAGAAAACCAGAAUGGCUACAAAAACAUAUAUUUGGAAACGAGCUUAUUCCAUAUGGACAGGCACUGUUUGAAGAGCUUGAACCGGAAACUCAGGACAGAGUCAUGCAAACAAUACGCAAAGACUCAAAUACAAACUAUGACAAACUCUUUCUAGGAUAUUGGUUACCUGAGAUGGGCGACCAGAGCCCAAAGGCAAAAAGGACAUGGGAAAUUUACAACAUACUAGGUGAACAUGAGGCAAAGAUGCAACAACUUCAAGCAGAGGGCAAGUUACCAAAGCGACACCAAAGAAGAAGAGUAGAACAAAGUGAAAGUAGUGAAGAACUAACUUCAUCUAGUGAAAGUAGUGGCAAUGAAGGAAAAAGAAGAGUUAAAAACUCAGUCAGGAAGAAAGUAAAG